AGGUGACGUCACGUCUAUUCCAAUAUGGCUUCAAAGCCAACAGAACUUCGGAAAGUGGUUGAAACGACACUGAACACGUCAGCUCCAGUGUCUGCUGAAGGUGUCAGAUUGAAGGGUUACCCAAUUCAAGUUGUCACAUUUGACGAAGACCAUGCCUUUAAUCUAGAUUUAGAAGCACUAGAGAAGGUGCUGCUGCAGAACAAGAUUAAGGAUAAACAGGUUGUGGUGGUCUCAGUGGCUGGAGCUUUCAGGAAAGGAAAGUCUUUUCUUUUGGACUUCUUUCUGAGAUAUCUAAAUGCAACACCUGAUGCACAGGCAAGUGAUGAAUGGCUGGGAGAUGACAACUCUCCAUUGGAAGGUUUCAGUUGGAGAGGAGGCUCAGAAAGGGAUACCACUGGGAUUCUUUUGUGGAGUGAAGCUUUUGUGUCAAGGCUCCCAAAUGGACAAAAGGUGGCUGUACUUCUGAUGGACACUCAAGGAGCAUUUGAUAGUCAGUCCACAGUGAAAGACUGUGCUACAGUAUUUGCACUGAGUACUAUGCUCAGUUCUGUUCAGGUAUUUAACAUAUCUUCAAACAUACAAGAAGAUGAUUUGCAACAUCUGCAGCUUUUUACAGAAUAUGGAAGACUAGCAUUAGCAGAUACAUCAGCAAAGCCAUUUCAGUCUUUAGAGUUUUUAGUCAGAGAUUGGAGUUUCCCAUAUGAACAUGAUUUUGGAGAAAAGGGUGGAAAUGGAUUGCUAGAAAAACGUUUAGAGUUGAAAGCUAGACAACACGAAGAAUUACAGUCUCUUCGCAAGCAUAUCAGGUCCUGUUUUGAAAAGAUUGGCUGUUUCUUGCUGCCGCACCCAGGACUAAAAGUUGCCACCAACCCUCAUUUUGACGGCAGAUUGGCAGAUAUUGAAGAGGAAUUCAAAAAACAGCUUAAAAUGUUAGUGCCAUUAAUCCUUGCUCCAGGAAAUUUGAUCACAAAAGAAAUAAAUGGGGCUAAAGUCACAUCUAGAGAACUGGUAGAGUACUUCAAAGCAUAUAUCAUUGUAUUCAAAGGAGACGAACUCCCAGAACCCAAGUCUAUGCUGCAGGCUACUGCGGAAGCAAAUAAUUUAGCUGCUGUUGCAAAUGCAAAAGCAUUAUAUGUAAAGGAAAUGGAAAAGAUUUGUGGUGGAGAUAGACCAUAUCUCAGCUCGGAACAGUUAGACAGAGAUCAUGACAGUAUCAAACAGCAAGCAGUGGAACUCUUCUGCAGUGCUAAGAAAAUGGGAGGAGAUUCAUUCAGCAGUGCCUAUCAGGAGAAACUGGAGGAAGAAAUCCUUGAGGCCUAUGAGAACUUUGUCAAAGCUAAUGAGUCCAAGAAUAUUUUCAAGCAUGCACGCACCCCUGCCACCUUUGGGGUGGUGCUUGUUGCGGCCUACUUCUUGUCUGGACUUUUUGGCUUUUUGUACAUGGACACCAUAGCUAAUCUGUUUACUGGUAUUGUAUAUUUGAUUAUACUUGUGGUCACAUUUUGGGCCUACGUCAGGUACAGUGGUAACUAUCGUGACAUAGGACAACACAUAGAUUCUGCAGCAGAAGGAAUAUGGGAACAGGUGCUUUCCCCAGCAUAUGCACACUUCAUGGCUCAAAGUUUAAAGCAUGCAACCAACACCAAGUUGAAAUCAAACUAAGGAAUGGCAGGAAAUCAGCAAUGAAAUUAUAUUGAAAUUGAAGCUAAUCACUUCCCUGUUCAAAUUGGAAUAAACAGUAGUGAUUGUUGUACAUGGCAGCAGAGAACCAUACUGAUAGAAGAACCAGCUAUUUGCUAUGCACUACAUUUUGACUCUGAAUUUGUUCCCAGAUCUUAUGCUUUCAUGGGCUGCCCACAGUGUUGUUUCUUUUUUGUUGAUAUUUUGCUGGGAUGUAUUCUCAACAUUU